GAUUGGUCGAUACGAAAAAUCGGAAUCUCACGUUUGAGCAGCUGAAACUGAAACUGAACGUGUCUGGAUAAUGGAAAAUAUCCCGUGUAAUGUUCACGGUGGUUUGUGUAUGUUAAAAACCGGCGUGAAAGAUGGACCGAGAAAAGGAAAAAGCUUUUACGUCUGCGUUGAUAAGGAAGGCUGUGACUUCAGUCAGGUGGCCAGCAUCUCGCCAUCCCACUGCCUCCAGCAUGAAGAUUCAAUGGUGGAGCUCCAAGCGCUCACCUACAGUCAGCAGCAGCAGAGCCACAGGUUAUUCUAUCGAUGUGUUAUAGGUAAAAAAGAAGGCCAGAGGUGGUGUGGAAGUGUUCCUUGGACUGUGCCAGACAAAGAAAAGAGAAGCCCUCUAUCUGACAUGCAGCUCCACCCCUCCUGUCUGCCACCUGUCCGAAAUCCCUUCAAGGCCCUCUCCAAGAUUGACAAAGACUCAGAGGGGAGAGGGAGGGAGAAGGAAAGAGAUGAGACAGAAAGCGAGGCAAGUCACAAGGUUGAAAGAGGAGAAGGUUAUAAGAAAGAAAGUGUGGAGAGUGUUGGGGCACUAGUGGAAGAAGAGGAGAGAAAGAAGAUGGAUUCCCCGGAUACCUACCAAAGUAAACCGCUUCCACCAGGCAUGAAGAUAAAGAAAAGAGUUUCUGAUGAGGAGAGAAACGGUCCGAAAACUAAUGACCUGGAACAUAUGACAGAUAAGAUUGAAAACAGGACUGAAGAGAUCCAAACUAUCCAGAGUAAAAUGGAAAAUAAAAUCUCCAACUCCAAGGUCACUGCUUUUACUCCUGAGAAAACAAAUAAAACCUCACAGGAUACUGCCAAAGACUUGCCACUGCAAGCAACUACAGAUGUGGUGAAACAAUCUGACUCUGCGGUGAAAGAGAGCACUUCUAAAUCUCCACCAACCAGCAGGGACUGUUCUAACACCAGUACCCCCACAGAUAACCAACUGACACAGUCCGAGGCCAGUCAAACCAAAAAUCACGAGGAUGAUGAUGUAGUGUUUGUGUCAGUGAAACCUCCCACUCCUGUCACUGCUGUACAAAAAAGCCUGACCAGCUUCUCAGGGUUUCAGCCAUCAUCUAAGGCCAAAGGUCACCAGGAAGAUCCCAAGGAGCUGCAUAGGCAGCUCACUGCUCAGCUUCAACAGAAAAAGGCCACUCUGUCUGUGGUGAAUGUGGCGGCUCUGCCAGAUAAAGGAGAGAGGUUGAAGACUCAGGUCAAGGAGCUGGAGGACACAUUGGAGUCUCUGCGCCUCACUGCUGCUUCUCAACCAGAGACCAAGGUUGAACAUCGCAGCAAUAAUGUUUGUCCAGGUAACAGUCAGUUCAACCCAUUCAGUCGACAGGGGGGCAGCAUCCUUCUCCCUUCCCCUCCGGCUCCAGGCCUCUCUCAGCACCAAGCCUCCAGCAGUUCCCUUGGACUCCAGCUGAGCCAGGGCUACACCAAGAUGUAUGGAGCUAACCCGCAGGCUCAGGCCUUUUACGGUGGCAGGAUGACCAAUAACCGUAUGCUGGAAGUGAAAAACGCCACCAGCGAGGCCAUCGACCACCUCCACAAAUCCAUGGAAUCCUGCCCCGACGCUGAGGCCGAAGUCCCAGACCCAAAGGGCAUCAAGGUGUCGCUCCUGGCUCAUCAGAGGAGAGCUUUGGCUUGGAUGCUCUGGAGAGAAGGCCAGAAUCCCUGUGGAGGAAUUCUGGCGGAUGACAUGGGACUCGGAAAAACACUGACCAUGAUUUCUCUCAUACUUGCCAAGAAGAUCAAGGCAAAAGAGGAAGGAGAAAAGAAGGAAGAGAAGAAACUGGAGAAAUGGAUCUCCAAAACUGACUCCAGUCUUGUGGUUUCUAAAGGAACCCUGAUCAUCUGCCCUGCCUCUUUGAUUCACCACUGGAAGAAGGAGAUUGAGAGACAUGUGAAGACGGGCAGGCUCAGUGUGUGUCUGUACCACGGGCCCAACAGAGAGAGAAGUGCCAAAGUGCUGGCCGACUACGAUGUGGUGGUGACCACAUACGGUUUGGUCUCUAAGGAGAUUUCCGUCCAGAAGGAAGAGGCAGAAAAACCAUCCAAGGAUUCUGAUGACGUGCCACUGCACUCGUCUCCUCUUCUGCGAGUGGCCUGGGCCCGUAUGAUACUUGAUGAAGCCCACAACAUAAAAAACCCAAAAGUGCAGACGUCCAUGGCGGUGUGUCGGCUGAGGGCUGGCGCCCGCUGGGCAGUCACUGGUACACCCAUCCAGAACAACCUGUUGGACAUGUACUCACUGCUUAAGUUUCUGCGUUGUUCUCCAUUUGAUGAGUACAAACUCUGGAAAGCUCAGGUCGACAACGGCUCUAACAGAGGCAGAGAGAGGCUGAACAUCCUAACAAGGACUUUGCUGCUCCGAAGAACCAAAAACCAGAUGGACUCCAAAGGAAAACCUCUGGUGUCUCUUCCUGAUCGGACCUGUGAGGUGCAUCGACUCAAACUGUCCAAGGAUGAGCAGGCGGUGUAUGAUGUGGUCUUUGCCCAAUCCAGAUCAACUUUGCAGAACUACCUGAAGAGACAUGAAGAAAAUGAUGUGAAAAAGGGGAACAUGCCCACUUCUAAUCCUUUUGACAAAGUUGCCCAAGAGUUUGGCAUGUCACAGCCUGAAGCUACUGUGCCUAGCUCACGGCAGGCGUCCAGCACCGUCCACAUCCUGUCCCUGCUGCUGCGCCUGCGACAGUGCUGCUGUCAUCUGUCCCUCCUGAAGAAGACUCUCGACUCGGCGGAGCUGCAGGGUGACGGGAUCGUCUUGUCUCUGGAGGAGCAACUCAACGCUCUGUCACUCUCCUCGAACCCCUCACCAUCGGGCCCGGACCCCAAAGACACCGUGGCACUUAAUGGCACCCACUUCCCCUCGCAACUGUUUGAGGACACCAGUGAGAGUACCAAGAUUGCUGCUAUUGUGUCUGAGCUUGAAGCAAUUAGGCAGAAGGAUGCUGAUCAGAGAAGUGUCAUCGUGUCCCAGUGGACCAGUAUGCUGAGCAUCGUAAAGGUUCAUCUGCAGCAGAUGGGCUUGAGAUAUGGCAUCAUAGACGGGUCUGUCAACCCCAAACGUCGCAUGGACCUGGUGGAAGAGUUCAACACAGACCCUAAGGGACCACAGGUGAUGCUGAUUUCUCUUUGUGCUGGAGGAGUUGGUCUCAACCUGAUUGGAGGAAAUCACCUCUUCCUCAUGGACAUGCACUGGAAUCCAGCGUUGGAGGAUCAGGCCUGUGACAGGAUCUAUAGAGUUGGACAAAGGAAAGAUGUCACCAUCCACAGGUUUGUGUGUGAAGAUACAGUGGAGGAGAAGAUUUCCACUCUGCAGGUGAAGAAGAAGGAGCUGGCCCAGAACGUGCUGUCGGGAACAGGAAGCACGUUCACCAAACUCUCCCUGGCUGAUCUCAAAAUUAUAUUUGGUGUGUGAGGUAUGAGAGAACCGAGGACGUCGUUCCACACUCUGAGACCUGCAGCCACCGCAACGGACUCCUGUGAACAUGUAUCGAAAAUUCUGGAUUAAUAAUCAAAUACAAUUCAGGUGAUAAUUUGCCUAAAUCUAAAGUACUAGUGAGUUUAUUUUACACACUUAAAUAUCAGAUUUCUUUGUUUUUAUUGUCUGACCUCUCUCAGCAAGACCCAAGCAGUGUUCAUUCCUACUUUACAAAACUUCAUUGGGCUUAGUUUGCCUCACCAUUUUAUUUCAAUGUUUUCUGAGGUAUUACACUAUCAUUUCAAAGCUUGGAUUUAACUAUAUUUAUUUUAACUGUUUAACUUGGAAAAAUAAAAAGUUGAUCACAAAAAAAAAUGUUUAACUUGGCUUAAAUUUGUCCUGAAACAUCUUCAUACUAUGUAGCCUCCCAGAUGCUGUUCCAAUGCAUUAUCUGUGACUUUUCACUUUUCAUGAAGGUGUUUAUAAAAUUAUGCUUAUCUCAUUUUAAGAAAAGACAGUUUCUUCUAUCAGAUACUGCUAUGCUGAUGUGGCUGUUUUGGUUUCUUAACACCACUGCUACAUCUGCAAAUACUGUUAACAUGCAACUUGAAAUAUGGAUUCUAAAGUCCUCUUACAACUCCUAUACACAACCACAGAUUUGCAUACUGUUUGUGAGUAUGUUCUAAGGCCAUAGACACUGGUUAGCAAAUUUUAUUCUCCUUGUCUUUUGGUCUGGAAUAAUUCUGUCCAGCAAUUUUUACCUUUUAAUUAUGUCCCAUGCUACAUUUAGUAGGACCAAUACUUGAGUAAUAUUUCUGUGUGCGUGCAUGCCUCUGUGUGUUUCUGUUUAUUUUAUUAUGACAUUGAAAUGAGGACCCCCCCCCCCCCCCCCCCCACCAAAUAAGCUCAUUUGAUUUCAGGCAGCUCACUCAUCAGAGUGAAGCAGUCCUUUCUCAUAUCUGUCCCUUGAUUGAGUUUAUGUAUAUUUUCAUAUUGUGUUUUGCUUGGACAUUGUGAUGUUGUAAAUAAAUUCAGGUCAUAGAGAUGUGUGUUUGUGUCUAUGCGCUUAACAAAGUUAUUUGCAUUGUGAAUUCGAAUUGGUCUAUUAAUUAAAAAUGUUAGAUAAAUCUUUAUUGUAUAUUAGAAGUCAUAAAUAUUGAAUUCCUG